AUGGCUGGAUGGGAAUGUGGUUCGGUUUUAUUGUUGCGUAUGGGGAAUGGGGGUGUAGAGGGGGUCGAAAGUCUCGAGUCAAUUUCAAUUUGGCCCGCAGAGCGAUAAUUGCAAAUGUAAGGGAAUUGAACGUUUGAUUCGCUCUUAUUGAGAUGAUUCGGGUAAUCACAUCAGCUUAGUUGAUUGAAUGGCAGGUCAGCUAAGGAAUUAUAUUGCGCAACAUUUCAGUUGAAGGAAGAAAUUAGUAAAUCAAGUAGGACAGUAAGUUUGACAGAAAUUUCAGAAAAUACAAAUUCAAAAGUCACAAUAAGAAAUAAAUAAAAAUAUCCUGACAACACAAUUCAUUUUAAAAUAAAGAUUUAUAUAGCGAAAAUGUCCGGACUGUCCCGUCGAAUUAUCAAGGAGACGCAACGCCUUCUGGAGGAUCCAGUUCCAGGGAUAAGUGCCAUCCCGGAUGAGAAUAAUGCCCGUUACUUCCGUGUUCUUGUGAGUGGCCCAAGAGACUCGCCCUUUGAGGGCGGAGUUUUCCGACUGGAAUUGUUCCUGCCCGAAGACUAUCCCAUGAAGGCGCCAAAUGUUCGGUUCUUGACGAAGAUCUAUCAUCCCAAUAUCGAUCGCUUGGGUCGCAUUUGCUUGGAUGUGCUGAAGGACAAAUGGAGUCCGGCGCUUCAGAUCCGCACCAUACUGCUUUCGAUCCAGGCCCUGUUGAGUGCUCCAAAUCCAGACGAUCCACUGGCCAACGAUGUGGCCGAGUUGUGGAAGGAAGAUGAGGUGGCGGCUAUUCAAAAUGCUCGGGACUGGACCCUAAAGUAUGCCAACUGAAGAUGAUUUCCUAGAAAAGGAAAUAAACCAAAUAAAAUA